GUGUGUGCAUAUGGUAAUUUAAAAAAUGUAUUUACUCUGUGUUACAUUUAUGACUAUGAUUUAUGAUUCUCAGGGGGGAACCAGUAUUUUCCAGUGGGGCCGUGGCCCCCGCAGCCCCUCCUGUCGGACGCCACUGCCGCUAAACAUUUAUUUCUGUCUAAAUAAAACAGAGGAGAAAAAAAUCCAGCAGCCGCCCAGUUAUUUCCUGUCCCACCCAUCGACCCGAGAGCAGAGGCACUGGGAACACACUGGUCUGACUGGGAACACACUGGUCUGACUGGGAACACACUGGUCUGACUGGGAACACACUGGUCUGACUGGGAUUGCCUCUCUCUCUUCAGCCUACAGUUUAAAGCUUUUAUUUUGAAGGGUCUGCUCAGUUUGACAACCAGGAGAAACUUUUCUCUGCAUCGCUGGACCCGGUUCUUCUCUCUAAGCGGACGGGUCAGAACCGGACUGGACCUCCACCAGAACCAGGUUCUGGUUCUGGACCGGCUGGGAACCCGGAUGGAUCCGGUGAAGGCAGACAUGGAGCUGCUGAGCGACAGCAUGGCCGCCUACGCUCGCAUCAAAGCCAAUCCAGAGAGUUUUGCUCUUUACUUCAUGAUGGGCGUCUCGUUCGGACUCUUCAUGGCGCUCUGCCUCCUGGUGGCCGCCAUCGCCUGCAGGACCCGCAGGCCUCCUCCGUCCCCCGACAGGCGGCAGCUCAAAGACUCCAGCGACGAAGAAGAGAGCAUGUUUGAGGAAGACGGGGCGGAGUCCGAGGGGAAGGUGGCGCUGGGGCCCUUGAGGGACCGCAGCAGCCAGUCCAACGGGACCCUGAGGAGCCUCGACGUCUUCACAUCCGAAGAGGAGCUGGAGAAGGCCCGGCGCCUGGAGGAGCGGGAGCGGAUCGUCCGCGAGAUCUGGAGGAACGGACAGCCGGACGUCAUGGUGACCGGGACAGGAACCAUCGGCCGGGUCCAUUACCGCUAAUGCUAACCGGGAUGAGUGGGCGGGUCCAUUACCGUUGUUCUGUUCUGGAGAUGAAGUUCUCCAGAACUCCCAGGGUCUAGAAUGAUUUUCUUCUGUUGUUGCUGCAGUGAGACUGAAACUGCUUCCUGGGAAUCAUUGCCAGUGAACAACUUUCUGACUGCAGUUUGUUUACCGCAUCACUUCCUGUGUUCCAGUUCUGACCGGGGCCUCCCGGGCCCAGACUGGGCCGGAUGUUUCUCAGGAGCCUCUGGGGUCUCAGAGCAAAGAUCCAGGAAAUGGAAGAUCGUUCUUUCAGUCAUAUUUUCAUCGUUUCUCAUUCAUUUAUAAUUGUGUCAGUUUCAACUAAAUAUUUAAUUAGCAAGCUAAAUAUCGAGCAUGGAGAAAUAUUUAGCCAUCAAGCUAAUUAGUUAGCUUCAAACUCUAUAUUUAGUUUGUAGGUUAAUUUUUAAACCAAAUAGCAGAAAAUAUUAGGUAAGAAUUUAAGCCCCAGUUUUCUCUGACGGGCUGAUAAUCCAGAUUAUUUCUGUUCAGUUUUCAUAAAAGCCCCCUUCAGAGAACAGGUUGCUUCAGCUUUUCCAAAUUUUAGUUUAACUUUUGAAAACCAGGAUAAAGACAGAACCGGACGAUCUGGAACCAGAACUUGUUUUCCAGACUGAGAAGGUUCUGAACUCGGUCCUCAGUCAGACCAACCUGCAGCUUCCUGUCCAUCCUGGGAAGCUGCAGGUGUGACCGGGUUCUGCUUACCUAAACACUGUUACACAGGAGCACAACAGAGACAACAGGGAAAAAAAACAAUUAUCGCUCAGGAAACAGAAUUUUCCAGGUUUUAUUUUGUUUUUCUGAAUUUUCUCUAAUAAAAAGUUUCCAGAAAUCAAACCUCUAUGUGAAUCAACAGGUUUACAGAAAUAAAGUUGAUUUUUUUAUUUCAG